ACAGGGCUGAGCCUCUGGUCCUCAAGAGGUGGAAAGAGUUAAUGAAUCUGUGCAGUAAUUUGCUCUUUUACCGGGACUGAGUUAGAUUCAUAAUAACAAGCUCUACAGGACGUAUUCAACGUUGGAAUACUUCAAGAGUUUCAAGACUGAAGUUCGGAAACUUCACUGAACACCUCGGAAAGUGGUUCUGACGUUGUAUGUGAACAUGACAGACUUCUUAUCUGUAAUGGACAUAGAGGCCGACUCAGAGGACAGACUCCAGCCAGAGUCGGACCAGCCGGACCCGUCCAGUCCACAGAGCCCCCCGCUGGACUGGAUCGACACGGGGAAGAGCCUGAAGGUGCAGACGGCCAGCCCUCACCUGGUCAGCCUGGGCAGCGGCCGCCUCAGCGUGGCCAUCACACUACUGCCCCUGAGAGAGGGUGUGACUCGUAUCGGGCGUGAUGACGCUCCCGUGCCGCAGGACAUCACCAUCGAGGGCCCCGGCAUCGAGGCGGAGCACUGUCUGAUCGAGAACCGCGGAGGGGUCGUAACCCUUGACCCCUGUGGUCACCUGUGUGCCCUUGAUGGCGUUCCCGUGACCACACCCACUCACCUCACACAAGGCUACUCUCUCUGUCUGGGCAAAUCGUACUUCUUCCGCUUCAACCACCCCGAGGAGGCCAGCCGGAUGAAGAGCAUGCUGCCCCAGAAGAGCCCGUGUCCCCGCUGGUCUACAGCACAGACCACCAGGAACUAUCUGAAGUUCAGCAGCGACUACAGUAACGUGGUGGGGGGGUCGGGUGUGCGGGGGAUGCGGUCAGCGUCGGAGCUGCGUGAGCUGAUGGACACGCUGCAGCGGAAGAAGCAGGCGCUGGAGUCCAGCCUUCGCUCCAACGGAGACGCCGUCGCCGGCCCCUCCUACUUCAGCAUGACCCAGUCCCCGCCCACCUCGCCCUCCUCGUCCUAUCAGGAGCAAGCCCGCAGGCUCUACGCCGCCGAGCGCCCGCCCCUGUCCGUCAAAGUGCCCGCCCACUCCACCAAUAGCAUGCCGCCGCUGCCGUCGCCGCGGCGAUCGGACCCGACGCUGCCCUACUCGCGGCCCAUCUCGCGCAACCAGUCGCAGGACAACCUGCUGACGUCCGGCGAGGGCCGCCGCCCGGGUCACUCGGGGUCACCGGGUCACUCGGGGUCACCGGGUCACUCGGGGUCACUGCUGUCCAUGUGGAACGGCUCCUCGUGCUCCGCGGCGGACGCCUCGCUCUCUCGGCCGCCAGUAGGGGGCGCCAGCGGUGCGGCCAGCAUGCCGUCCAGCCCGCGGCUCAGCCGACGCCACCUCACGCCGGACGGGUCGUCCUCGUCCUCGUCCGCUGGACGCAGCAGCGGGGGGGGUCUGGAGCCCGCGCCGCGCCACAGGAAGUACUCGGCCGGCUCGCUGUCCGGCAUGGCUCAGGGUCACGUGGGUCACCAAGGUCACCAGGGUCAGCAGGCUCAGGGCAUCAGCAUGAGCGCACACAGCCGCUCGCUGCCCCGUCUGUUCCGGCCGGCCGACGCCCAGCUGCAGGCGCCUCUGACCCUGCUGCCCCCCCGCCGCUCGCUGGACGGCCACGCACCCACCCCCACCCCCACGCCCGCCCCGCGCUCCUCCUCCUCCUCCUCCUCCUCCUCCUCCUCCUCCGCGCAGAACGGGCACGGCGAGGUGGUGUCCAUCUCCCUGUCGGCCAGACCCGUGUCCAAGCGCAGCCUGGUGCCGCCCGACGUCACCGUGCCCUCUGCCCUGGCAGCGGCCGCAGUGGUCAUCUCGCCCGCCCCCCCCUCCCCCUCCCCCUCCUCGGCCUCCGCCGCAGAGAGCUCCACCAGCCCCCGCCAGGCCAAGAAGAUGAGCCUGACCUCCACCAGCUCCUGCUCCGACCUGGACCCCCCCGCGCACCCCGACCCCUCUGUGACCCCUGACCUGCGCUCAGGCGGGGGCGUGGGCGUGGGUCUGGGGCUGGGGGAGCGGAGGACGUCGUUCGGGAAGGCGGGGCUGGGGGGUCCGGCGGGGGGGUUCCGUGAGAGGAAGGGCAGCAUCAGCUCCCUGAGCGGGAAGGAGGAGCUACAGGACUAUCACCAGCGGCAACGGGACGAGCGACUCCGCGAACAGGAAGUGGAGAGGCUGGAGCGUCAGCGCUUGGAGACCAUCCUGAGCCUGUGUUCUGAGAUGGGCGCUCAGCAGAAGGAGCGUUCGGCCGUGUCCGACCUGCAGAAGGAGCGUUCGGCCGUGUCCGACCUGCAGAAGAUCAACAAGGAGCUGGAGAAGCUGCAGCUGUCCGACGACGAGUCCGUCUUCUCCGAGGCGGGCGGAAUGUCGCCGGGGAACGGCUACGCGCUCAGCUCCCCCGAGUUCCACCCGGCGGCCGAGGAGCGACACACACGCCACCGACGGAGCAGCGGCCAGGGGGCGGAGUCACCGGCCGUCAGUCUACGAAGCUCCGCCCCCUCUCCUUCGCCACGCACGGCCUGGACCAACAAGGCUCCGGAGCUGGUGGAGGACCUCCACCUGAGGCAGGAGAUGACGCGCGUGGAGGAGGAGCGGAUCCAGGUGCUCAACAACAUGGAGGAGCUGGAGCAGAAGAUCAAGGAUCUGGACAACCAGAUGGAGGAGUCCGUCAGAGAGAUGGAGGUGGAGCGAGCGCUGCUGGAGGGAGAGCAGGAGUCGGAGGCGUCCCAGCUGCAGCAGGACAGAGACGCUCUGGAGCAGCUCAACCACAAGAUGGCCGCCCUGGAGAAGAAGCUGCAGACCGACAAGUCUCAGUGCCAGCACGGCCAACAUGAUGAAGCUGGAGGAGAUGGAGAGAAUGCUGAGAGAGGCCCACGCUGAGAAGCAUCGUCUGCUAGAGCAUCGGGAGCGGGAGAUGGAGGUGCGCAGGCUGGCGCUGGACGAGGAGAGGAGGCGCAGGGAGGAGCUGGAGAAGAGGCUGCAGGAGGAGACCAGCAGGAGGCAGAAGCUCAUCGAGAGGGAGGUCAAGAUGCGCGAGAAGCAGAGAACCCAGGCUCGUCCUCUGACCCGGUACCUGCCCGUCAGGAAGGACGACUUUGACCUGCGAGGCCACAUCGAGUCGGCCGGCCACAACGUGGAGAUCUGCUACCACAUCUCCAUCACCGAGAAGACCUGCCGAGGGUUCCUGGUCAAGAUGGGUGGCAAGAUCAAGACGUGGAAGAAGCGGUGGUUCGUCUUCGACCGCAACCGCAGAACACUGUCCUACUACGCAGAUAAGCACGAGGCCAAGCUGAAGGGAGUCAUCUACUUCCAGGCCAUCGAGGAGGUCUACUACGACCACCUGAAGAACGCACACAAGAGCCCCAACCCCUCCCUGACGUUCAGUGUGAAGACGCACGACCGUGUGUACUACAUGGUGUCUCCGUCCCCUGAGGCCAUGCGCAUCUGGAUGGACGUCAUCGUCACCGGCGCGGAGGGAUACACGCAGUUCAUGGUGUAGGAGGCGUCAGCCGGCCCAGGCGGAGGGAUAUUUUUGACAGUACCUGACAUGAUGUCACGGGACAUUCUCCAGCCCUCACCUGGGAACUUAGAGCUGACUUGCAGUCUAGUUGUUCCAGUAUAUGUGUACAUAUAUAUUGUAUAUCUUCACAAGGACUCAUGCUGUGCCUUAACUCUUCUACGCUUGUCUUAUUCUAUCUGUCUGUUUUGUUUGUGUCCAAAAACCAAAGUGGGUUUUGCAAUCAGAGUAGUUCUGCAAACUUUAGUAAGAUGUUUGCUGACCUUGCUCUUGCUCUUUCAGUGUGUGUGUGUGUGGUUGCGUGUGUGUGUGAGAGUGUGUGUGUGUACAAGCACACAUGCAUACUGAGCUAAACCGGCGUUCCUACGUGCCUUAAUGAGUGAGUGCCUCCACUAUACCUUGAUGUGAGUGGAGAGAGAUAAGAGUGUGUGUGUGUGUGUGUGUGUGUGUGUGUGUGUGUACAAGCAGCACACAUGCAUACUGAGCUAAACCGGCGUUCCUACGUGCCUUAAUGAGUGAGUGCCUCCACUAUACCUUGAUGUGAGUGGAGAGAGAUAAGAGUGUGUGUGUGUGUGUGUGUGUGUGUGUGUUUUCCUGAGGUAAUUUCGGUGUUGUCGUGGUGUUUGGGAAGGUGGUCUUUCUCAGGGACUGGACACUCUAACACUAGCUGGUACUGGUUACAAUUGGAAGUGGGUCACACAUAAAGCUGAAAUCCUCAGAGAAAUGUGUGUGUGUGUGUGUGUGUGUGUGUGUGUGUUUGUGUGUGUGUUUGUGUGUGUGUGUGUGUGUGUGUGUGUGUGUGUGUGUGUGUGUGCCUUAGAGAGAUGAGUCUGGUUCAUGAUUUGGAAGCCCUUCUAGAGGGACUUCACUGAAACCUGUGGUGCUAAGACAAAUGUAAAUAUGUGCUAUCCAAAUGCAGUGCCUAUAUACUCAGCCUUAGUCUAGUCGUGCUGAUAUACCAUUCAAAUAACACUCCUUAAUACGUCAACAUGUGUACAUCAGAGUUUAUUCUAUUGUAGUUUUUAUUCAGAACUGAUAAAAAAUGUCAGCAUUGUUAAAGCUUUUUUGUAAGUACAGUACCAUGAUAUAUUUGAUACAAAGUGCUUAUCCUCUGAAGUGGACACCUUACGCCCAUAUGGCGUAGUUUUACGUGCUGGAUAUUUUUAUGUGUAAAAGGCAAUGACAAACGACUGGGACUAUUUUCAAAAAAGUAGUUACUUUUGUAUUAACUUCCCAAAAUGGUGCCUAUUAGAGAUUUCUAUUAGGGUUUUUUUCUUUUGUAUUAAAGUGCAUCUGUUGGCCAUUUUGUAAGAGCAGAUUUUAACUAUACUAUGCUGGUUUAUAUCCUGUGAGGGUGCCAUGUGCUUCAGUUUUACUUCUACUAUUCUGUGUAAACUUUAAAGUGCAAAGAGAACAAUUUCAUUCUGGUUUGCCAGAAAUAUUUAGAUAUAUUUAAGUGCUAAGAGCUUUAAGUGAUUUUUUGUUUUUGCACAAAUGUAUUUUCAUGUACAAUUGUUCAAUCAUGUCAAGAUGUGUUAUCCACUGAUCUUUCAGAGAAUAACCUUCAGUUAUGCAACUUUCAACCUGCAGAGGGCAGCAACUACCUUCCAGACCCUCAUAGCCAAGGGAUGCCUUUGUUCAGCUGAUCCAGUUUUUACAUCAGUAGAAUUUGCUGUUUUUAUAGAAAUAUUUAUAAUGUUAAUCAUGCAUGCAUCUUUAUUUUUUUCAAUCGAGAAAUAAAGUGAGCGCAUAACGUGCACGUUGUAAUGUGAUUGGAAUUUUCAAUAAUCAACAGUCAAGUAAACAAA